AGUAUCGAUCUCAUCUUUUUCUACCAUCAUCUUCCACCGUCCCCUUUGUCUCUCUCUCUCUCUGAAAAGGCAAAAAAAAAAAAACACAAAAAGAUCGAAUUCACCAUCCUCGUGUUGUAGUUUGAUUAUGAUGGAUGAAGAUGGAUUGAGUAAUCGUAAUUGGGGUUAUUACGAGCCGUCACAAUUCAGACCAAAUUUAGGGUUUCAACUAAUUCCAAGUAUCAUAAACAGAAACGAGAAGCCAUUUCUCUCCCCUCAGAAUCAGAGUCUAAACAACUUCAUAACCCCUUCCAAUCUCUAUCGAGGCGAUAGCAGCAGCGUUAUGUCGUAUCCGCGGGAUUAUACUCUCUCUGAUGCACCUUUCAUGAGUUAUAGUUGGUUGAACCAGCAUAGAGAUAGCAAGUUCUUCAGCAAUGUACCUACGAAUGAUUCGAUGAGUCUUCUUGUUCCUGAAACUUCUAGGAUGACUCAACCGAUGCAGCUUUUGCAGCCGGAGGUUGUGGGUGAGGUCGAUGAGUCUCUGAAGAGAAGGCAUUGUAGUGGUGGGCAGAGAGGUGCUCUUAAGGUGAAGAAAGAGAAGAAGCUGAAGGAUAACAAUAUGCCGAGAGUGCAAAGAGCGAGAAGUCCGUUGUUGAGGAAGAGUGUAGAGAUGGUGAUCAAUGGAGUUUCUAUGGAUAUUGGAGGUUUACCAGUUCCGGUUUGCUCUUGUACCGGGAUGCCUCAACAGUGUUACAGAUGGGGCUGCGGGGGAUGGCAGUCUGCGUGUUGUACCACUAAUGUUUCGGUGUACCCUUUACCGAUUAGUACUAAAAGGCGUGGUGCGAGGAUUGCUGGAAGGAAAAUGAGCCAAGGUGCUUUUAGGAAGGUUCUUGAGAAACUCUCUGCUGAUGGUUUCGAUUUCUCAAACCCUAUCGAUUUGAAGUCUCAUUGGGCUAAACAUGGAACCAAUAAGUUUGUCACCAUCAGAUAAAAAAGUCGAACCUCUCUUUUGUCGAAAAUCCCUUUUUGUUGUUGUUGUGGGGUUGUCCUAUAUUUUAGAUAUUGAUUCAAAUUUUGUGUAUGUUCAGUGAAAGCUAUGAUCUGAACUCGGAAUCAAACAUCGGUAUGUAU